UACACCGCUUAAUUCACGCCCUCUGCUCCAUACUCUGUUCGAAGGGUUCGCUGAAGCCCUUCAUUCGUUUUUGUGGCAGACUCACGAGCGAACCUUGGUCGAUAGGACCGAUGAAGCUCGCCACGGUGCUAUCGCUGUCCUUAAUCGCUAUAGCGCAUGGCCAGGAAAUCACUAGCAAUACAACGGAUCUUGAGCCCGAGCUGGAUGUGGUCACAACAGAAGACCCGAAGAAUCGCUCGUGUAACGCCUGCGAGUUAGAGGGAUGUCGCCGGAAGUGCAAGGAGACAUGUCGUUAUUGCCAGUAUAACUUCUGUCACGUCGAUGCUGGCGAAUACGACUGUAAAUGCAUGAGGACGCCGCCGCCGGUUGCGAUGAAGAACGAUACAGAUGGCCCGCCGCUCGCUCGCGUCCGACGAUGGAAUUUCCCCAAACGUGGGAGGCGAAUUCGGAACUGUAAAAUGCAUUGA